AUGAAUAAUAGAAGUGCUACUGUUACUCAAUAUGCAAGUAUUGCCAAUAUUCCUAUUGGUGAUUCAACAAUAAUAAAUAAAAGUCAAUUACCUGAAUCAAAACUUUCUUAUUAUCCAAAAGCAAAUUUUAAUUCAAAUGAAUCAUUAUCAGCAGCAAUGAAUAUAACAGAAAAAUUCGAACGAGCAUUAUCUAAUAUAGCACCAUUUUUACGAGAUAUAUUUACAGAACUUUUACAUAUUCUUACAAAAAUAUUAGUUGAUUCACAUAGACAAGAAUUAUUAUCUAGUGGUUUACAUGCUCUUAAACAAACAAUAUCAAUUGUUGAACUUUUAAUUGAAGAACGUUUAUUAUCCGAUGCAAGUAAAAAUUGUAUUGUUAAAGUAGCUAAUGAGGCUGAUUUUAUACUUAAUCGUAUGUGUGCUGAUGAUAUACGUAAAGCAAGUGAAUUUGAACAAUUAUCAGUACAAACAACUGUUGAACCUAUGAUGAUUAAUGAUAAAAUAGCUUAUUCAAAUAGUUCAAGAUCAUUUUGGAAAUUAGAUCCAUGGGAAGAUGUUUUAAGACGACGAAUACGUUUAAUACGUAAUCCAAAUGGUUCUAUACAUAAUGAAGCAACACAAAAAUCAUCAUUUAAUGGUAUUAAUAAUGAUUUAAUAACAUCUGUUAUACACAGGCUUCGUAGCGGUCUUCUCCGGAUAUAUAGGAAAAUAUAG